CUUUCUUUUCAACCACCCUACACAUAGUAUGAAGUUUAAUACGGUUGAACGAGAAAACUUGUUCCGUAAUCCUUCGGACGAGAAAUUCGGAACGCCUUCUUUACAAGAAGUUGUAGCACCUCAUAUCGACGCCUUUAACAGUAUUUCCGAGUUUGGCAGUGAAGGUCAACCUGGCUUAUUAGACUAUGCUGUCAAAGACAUUGGAAGCUUUUCUGUUUUUGAUAAUGCAGACAAUGAUAUCAACUUAGAUCCCACUGGCGUCACUCUCGGAAACAAGUUGACUUAUUGGUUGGAAGACGUCAAAUUAUUACAGCCUAUGGUCAGUGAACGUGACACCACCACAUUAAAGCGUAGAAUCUACCCUUCUGAAUGUCGUGAACGCUUGACUACAUACCGUGGUAAACUCCAAGGUAAACUUUGCUGGAGAGUCAACAAUGGUCCUAUUCAAAGCGAUAUGCGUGAUCUCGGCCUUGUCCCCAUCAUGGUCCGAUCUAACCGUUGUAACCUUGCUGGCAUGUAUCCCAAACAAUUGAUUGCUCACCAUGAAGAGUCUGAAGAAAUGGGUGGUUACUUUGUUGUAAACGGUAUUGAAAAGUUGAUUCGUUUGUUGAUUGUGCCUCGUCGUAACCAUGUCACUGCUAUCAUCCGUAACUCUUUCCAGAACCGUGGUCCUACAUAUACUACCUUUGGUUGUUCUAUUCGUUGUGCUCGUCGUGAUCAAACUACUUUGACCAACACAAUCCAUUAUUUAAAGGACGGCAAUGUCAUGUUCCGUUUUGCUUGGCGUAAGCAAGAAUAUCUUUUGCCUGCUAUGUUGGUCUUCAAUGCCCUUGUAGACACUUCUGACAAGGAAAUCUUUGAAGCUCUUUGUCAAGGUGAUCGUCAAAACACAUUUUUGACUGACCGUAUUGAAUUAUUGUUGAGAUCCUUCAAGAUUUACAACCUUUACACUCGCGAUCAAUGCUUGAGUUAUAUUGGUGAGAAAUUCAGAGUCACUAUGGGCCUUGAUGAUGAUUUGACAGACAAGGAAAUUGGUCAAGAACUUUUGAAGAAGCUUGUCUUUGUUCAUAUGGAUGAUAACCGUGACAAAUUCAAUUUAUUGGCCUUUAUGAUCCGUAAACUCUAUUCACUUGUCUCUGGUGAAUGUGGUGCUGAUAACCCAGAUGCUCCUCAACAUCAGGAAGUUCUUUUGGGUGGUCAUCUUUACACUAUGAUUAUGAAGGAAAAGAUUCAUGACUGGCUUACUGGAAUCAAAAUGCAAAUUCGUAAUGAUGUUCGAUUGAACCCUGCUCGCGUUGAUUUCUUCAAUAACACUUAUUUCCAGAAUGCUUACCGUAAGGUCAAUAGUGAUAUUGGUGUUAAAAUGGCAUAUUUUUUGGCUACUGGUAAUCUUGUCAGUAAGACAGGUUUGGAUCUUCAACAAUUCUCUGGUUUCACUAUUGUUGCUGAAAAGCUUAACUUUUUCCGUUAUUUGGCUCACUUCCGUUGUAUUCAUCGUGGUGCUUUCUUUGCUGAAUUAAAGACAACCUCUGUUCGUAAAUUGCUUCCUGAAGCAUGGGGUUUCCUUUGUCCUGUGCAUACACCUGAUGGUUCUCCAUGUGGUCUUUUGAACCACUUGGCUCAUAAAUGUAAAGUGAUCAAUCAACCUCUCGAUACAGCCACUAUUCCUCGUUUAUUGGCUGCUCUUGGUAUCUCUCAAAGUUUCCUUCAUACUAUCAACCGUCCUGGGGAUGUUGUUGUCAUGUUAGAUGGUAAGAUCAUUGGCUGGUGUACUCCUGCCACUGCUGCUAAGGCUGCUGAAAGUUUAAAGGUGUGGAGAGUCAAUGGUGAAAAGGGUAUUCCUUUAGACCUGGAAAUUGCCAAUGUCCCCAACUCUUAUGGUGGUGAAUAUCCUGGGCUUUACUUGUUCUCUAGCCCUGCUCGUAUGAUGCGUCCUGUCAAAUACCUCGGUAAUGGCAAGACAGACAUGAUUGGUACUUUUGAACAAGUUUAUAUGGAUAUUGCCUGUAUGGACGACGAAGUUGUUCCUGGUGUUACUACUCAUCAAGAAUUCACUCCCACCAAUAUCCUCAGUAUCAUUGCUAACCAAACUCCCUUCUCUGACUUUAACCAAUCUCCUCGUAACAUGUACCAAUGUCAAAUGGGUAAACAAACUAUGGGUACUCCCUCUACUGUCUUCAACCAUCGUACAGAUAACAAGAUGUACCGUAUUCAAAACGGUCAAACACCUGUUGUCAGAACACAACUCUAUAACCACUAUGGUUUGGAUGGCUGGCCACAAGGUAACAAUGCCAUUGUUGCUGUCAUUUCUUACACUGGUUAUGAUAUGGAAGACGCCAUGAUUUUGAACAAGUCUGCUCAUGACCGUGGUUUUGGUUAUGGUACUGUCUACAAGUCUGAAACUGUUGACCUUAACGAAUACCGUGCUCGUGGUGAACCCAUUACUUACCGCUUUGGCCUUGACCCUGUCAAGGGUAAGAAAUACCGUAGCAAGAUUGGUGAUGACGGUCUUCCUCAUAUUGGUGCACACCUUGUUGCUGAUGAUCCUCUUUGUUCUUACAUUGAUGAAUCUACUGGCAAGAACGUUAUCAAGAAAUACAAGGGUCCUGAAGAUGCCUAUGUUGAUGAAGUCCGUAUUUUGGGUGAUGACUCAGGUAAUGGUGAACUUCAAAAGAUUCAUAUCAAGCUUCGUAUCACUCGUUCUCCUGUCAUUGGUGAUAAGUUCAGUUCUCGUCACGGUCAAAAGGGUGUCUGUUCUCAAAAAUACCCUGCUAUUGAUAUGCCUUUCACAGAAUCUGGUAUGCAACCUGAUGUUAUCAUCAACCCUCAUGCUUUCCCUUCCCGUAUGACUAUUGGUAUGUUUGUUGAAAGUAUUGCUGGUAAGGCAGGUGCUCUUCACGGUAUUGCUCAAGACAGUACUCCCUUCAAAUUCAAUGAACAAAACACUGCUGCUGACUACUUUGGUGAACAACUAUUAAAGGCAGGUUAUAACUAUCAUGGUAAUGAAGCCAUGUAUUCUGGUAUUACUGGUGAAGAAAUGAAGAUGGAUAUCUACAUUGGUGUUGUUUACUAUCAACGUCUUAGACACAUGGUGAAUGAUAAGUUCCAAGUGCGUACAACAGGUCCUGUGCAUAACCUUACUAUGCAACCUGUCAAGGGUCGUAAGAGACAUGGUGGUAUUCGUUUCGGUGAAAUGGAACGUGAUUCAUUGCUUGCUCACGGUACAAGUUAUCUUCUUCAAGAUCGUUUGAUGAAUUGUUCAGAUUACUCUCAAGCUUAUGUCUGUCGUCUCUGUGGUUCAUUAGCAUCACCUAUCUGUACAAAGAUUGUCUCUUCUUUGGGUAAUCGUCGUACAUACGAGUGUAAGACUUGUGGUACAGCCAAGGGUAUCGAUUUGAUUGCUAUUCCUUAUGUGUUUAGAUAUCUUACAACUGAAUUAAUGAGUAUGGGUAUCAAGUUGAACUUGGGCAUUAAGCCUUAAUUCACUUUAUUUUAUUCCAUUUUGCUUAUAUUAUCAUAUUACAAUCACGCUCACCCAUAUAUAUAAUCCCCCACUACCACUCUUUUUUUUCUUUAGAUUUCAUUUUACACUAUUUUCUCUCACAUAUACAAUUUCUUUUUUCUGUAAAAAAAAGAAGAAAAAAGAAGGAAAAACUUGACUACUACUGUACAAUAAAUGCAUACAAAAAAUACAUUUUUUUUCUCUCUCCUGGAG